AUGGCCUUCAAGCUUAUCGUGCUCGCCGCCGCCGUCAUAGCUGCCGCUAGGGCGGGCAUCGUCGCCGGCCCUGCAUACGCCGGCCCUGCAUACGCCGCCUCAUGGAGCUGCGCCACCCAUGCGGCCUAUGCCGCCCCUGCUGCAUAUGCUGCCCCUGCUUAUGCUAAGGUAGCUGCACCUUUAGCUUACGCCGCUCCCGCCGUGGCUAAGGUAGCCGCCCCCGUGGCUGUCGACACCGAUUACGACCCUCAUCCCCAGUACAGCUACGCUUACGACAUCCAGGACCAUCUGACGGGCGACUCCAAGAGUCAACAUGAGUCCCGCGACGGAGACGUCGUCCAGGGCAGCUACAGCCUGGUGGAGCCUGACGGCACCCGUCGUACCGUCGAGUACACUGCCGACCCGCACAACGGAUUCAACGCCGUCGUGCACAAGGAGGCUCUUGCUGUUGCCAAGGUAGCCGCUCCUGUCGCAUAUGCAGCUCCUGCCUACGCUAAGGCAGUGGCACCUGUGGCGUACGCCGCCCCCGCGGUCGCCAAGAUCGCCGCCCCUGUUGCGUAUGCUGCUCCCGCAGUCGCCAGAGUUGCCGCCCCUGUCGCCUAUGCAGCUCCUGCCUACGCCAAAGCCGUGGCUCCUGUGGGUUACGCCGCACCGGCUGCCUAUGGAUACGGCGGAAUCGUCAAGCACUAUUAGUUCAUCCGUCUCACCCUCACAUUCGCUCACUGUCACUCCCAGUUCUGUAGGCUUUUGUAAAUAAACGUUUUAUUGAAAGUAGUUGCUUCUCGUUUCCGCCUCACCCUCACAUUCCAGUUCUGUAUCACGUGUGGUUCUGUACGCUUUGUAAAUAAACGUUUUAUUGAAAGUAGUU